AUGGGCCUUAAAAAAAUUUUUGUAAAUAUUUUUAAGUUCAAUUUAUCUAAAACAAACUUCUCAGCUGUUUUUUGCUCCACUAUUUUUGGUCCCUCAAAUUCUCCUUUUGCAGAUUCGGUUACGGUAAUUUCACCAGAACCCAUACUUGUAUUUUCCUCAAUUAUUUUUGGACGAACCUCCGCCUCAAUAUCCUUCAUUUUAUCAUCCAAACAUUCAUCCACAGAUUCUUUCUCCAAUUUUUUAAAUUCCAAAAUUUUCUUUCUCUCCCUAUCUCGUUUUUUCUUGGACAUUUUGGCUUUUGUUGUAGUUGAGGGUGUUUCCGAGUUAGAUUUUCUUUAUUUUUAAUA